AUGCUGCCAAAACGUCGUAUUCAGCAACUCGAUAUUGCGUCCCGUAAGGGCUACGACGCCAUCUUCAAUUCUAACUUUCUUGAGGACAUCCCAGAGGCUCUCGAACGGUAUGGAUGCUCCCGCGUCCUGCUCCUGGCCAGUAAAAGCCUCGCUGCCACCACCGAUCGAAUCUCAGCGCUGCAAUCGGCUCUGAAAUCCAAACUACUGUAUACAAAGCUUGGGAUGGGCAGCCACACUCCUUACGCCGACGUUCGGGAUCUCGCUGCUGCCAUACAACAGCUUCAGAUUGACUGCCUGGUCAGCGUAGGGAGCUGCUCCUACAGCGACGGAAGCAAGAUUGCGUGCCUGUUAGCCGCGAAUCUUGAGCCUGGGUUUGGCAUGGACGAGAUGGAAGCCCUUGUCGACACCCAACGAGGAAUCGCAGACACUAAGGGCGGUCAACCGCUUGUGCGCCGAACAUGCCGCCUUAUCACAGUGCCGACCAGCCUGUCUGCCUCGGAAUGGAACGCUGUGAGUUCCGCUGUCAACAACCAAGGAAAGAAGCAGCACUUCGGUCUUUGGGAAGAAGGUCAGCCGGAUCUCAUUCUGAUGGACCCUGCGCUGGCCAGUACCAGCCCUGAGAGGUUAUGGAUAAGCAGCGGCGUACGCUGCGUGGAUCAUUGCGUCGAACUCCUUUGCAACCCCAUGUCGAGUGAGGCGGGUUUCGAAGUUGUUCAGUUGCAUGCCGAGGACGGACUGCGCCGCAUGAUCACUGGAUUGACUGAAUAUAAAAACGCGAAGAAUACGAAACCGGCUAGUCCGGCAGAUCAUGAAGCACUGCUAAGGGCCAUCUCUGAAUGCCAGUACGGCUCAAGAGAGGCGAUCACGGGUUUGUUGGUGUGGAGGGUCCCGAUGGGCCCAAGUCAUGCUAUAGGGCACCAGCUUGGUUCAGUUGCUCAUGUCAUGCACGGGAUCACCAGCUGUAUCAUGCUGGCACCAGUUUUGCGCUGGCAAGCAACUCAUCUCAGCCUUCUACACUAUAGGAAUGCCCAGGCUAGAAUCCUCGGAAUCUUUAAUGAGGCAUUGGAUUGGCAAGAGUCAUCUACCGCGAACGCCAUCGAGAGGUUUGUGAUGACACUAGGUCUCCCCACCACACUUCAAGAGGUCAACGUGAUAUCAGAUGAGCAAGUUGAAGAGAUUGCUGAAAAAACCAUGUCGGAUGUCUGGGGAGGUGGAAAGCGACAAAUGGAGUUUGAUGAUGUGAAGAAGGUUCUGAAUAGUGCGAGGGGAUAG